AUGGGUGUUGAAGAGCCACCUUUCCCAAAUUAUCCAUUCCAUAAGGAAGCGCUAAGAGCAACAUAUGGAGACGACGACUCAUCGGACUUCGACUCCGACCACUCCCCUACGCUGUCUCUUCCCGCCAAUUCCAAUCCCCAAACGGAGGAGACGCUGUCGUCUCCUCUCCCUCCGCCUCCUGUUUCUCUCCUUCACCCUCCCAAUUCCCUUGGAUCUUUGGAUUACUUACAAACUGGUCAGCCUAGUAGAGUGAGAAGCUUCCCUCACGUCGAAGGCAACUAUGCUUUGCACGUUUACAUUCUAGUUUUUAUACCGUAUAUAUCAAAGAAAGAGAUGGGUCAAUUUUUGAAGAGAGUUUCAUCCGUGGUUCCCAAUCUCCAUGUUGUGGAUAUUGUUGUUCCAUUGAAUACACUGUGUAAAGAAGAACAUAAACUUGAACAAGUGGCAUUGGGAAGGGAAUUCCAGAUAAGUUUAGGAAGGACAGUUCCUAUUAGAGUUCACCAGAUUGACUCUAUUGUAACAAUGCUUCGCCAGAAACUUCAAUUUCAAAAGCGGUAUUGGAUUGAUUUUAACAAAUGGGAGGUUUUUAUCAAUGAUGAUCGAACGCGCACCUUUCUUUCACUCGAAGUCGUUACGGGAGGAUUACCCGAGAUAACUAAGCAAAUUCAGGCUGUUAACGAGGUUUACAAGUUUCACAAUCUUCCCGAGUUCUAUAAGGAUCCAAGGCCUCAUAUAUCAUUGGCUUGGGCACUAGGUGACGUUAGUGGUUCCCUUAAGAAAGUGGUCGAGCAGGAAACAAAGUCAUCCGUCUUUAGAGGUUCCUUACAGAGUCGUAUUUGUACAAGUAAAGUUGGUGGCAUUGAGUGUAAAAUUGGUAAUAGAACACAUAUAAUAUGUAAAUCUCCCGAUCAAUGAUAGAAUCUCUUCAAACUCUCAA